AUGCAGAACAAAAAUCUGUCUGCAAACUCAAGAUUACCGAAAUUAUAUUUGUGCGAAUUUUGUCUUAAAUAUACAAAAAGUAGAUCUGUAUUGGAUAGACAUCAAAAUAAAUGUACAUGGCGUCAACCACCUGGUACAGAAAUUUACCGGCAAAAAGAUAUAUCUGUAUUCGAAGUUGAUGGCAAUGUUAAUAAAAUAUAUUGUCAAAACUUGUGUUUAUUGGCGAAACUAUUUUUGGAUCACAAAACUCUUUAUUAUGAUGUGGAACCAUUUUUGUUUUACGUUUUAACCAAAAAUGAUAAGAAAGGUUGUCACUUUGUUGGAUAUUUUUCCAAAGAAAAACAUUGCUCUCAAAAAUUUAACGUGUCUUGUAUCCUAACAAUGCCACAGUAUCAGCGACAAGGAUUUGGAAGAUUUUUAAUUGACUUCAGUUAUCUUUUGAGCCGUGAAGAAGGGCAAUUAGGUACACCUGAAAAGCCAUUAUCAGAUCUUGGCCGAAUUUCUUACUUUUCUUAUUGGAAGUCAAUUAUAAUUGAGUAUUUGUACGAUCACCGAAAUAUUCCUAAAAUAACUCUUUAUGAUAUUUCUCAAAAAACUGGUUUAACUGUACCAGAUAUAUCUUUAACGUUUGAACUAUUAAACUUUAUAAGAGUAAGAAAAAAUGAAAACGAUAUACGUUUUCAACCCGUUUUUAUAGUUGACUGGGAUGUAGCACAAGCUAAAUAUAAAAAAUUACAAAAUUCGAGGACUCGAAUACCAAUUGAAUCAGAAAACUUAAGAUGGAGUCCACUAUUAACAAAUACUAAUUCAGGAACCCUAGAAUUAGCACAACAAAAACGAAAUGAGUUUUUUAAUUAUAACGAUGGCUUAAAGGAAGAUAUGAAAACCGAAAAAAUACAGGCAUAUUCGAAACCGACUGGUAUAAAAGAAAAUUCUAAUAGAAAGAAUUGCAAUAAUUUCCGAAAUUUUCGCAGUAGUCAACUGCAAAAGCCCAAAUAUAAAGGUAUAAAUAAAAUUGAUAAAAUUGUUCAAAAGAAGGCUGAUCAAAACGAUUAUGGCUAUUCGAACUUUUUUGAGUAUGAAACAACUCAAAAUAAAACUUCUGAAAAUACAGAAGUUGCUAAAAGCAUUCCUAAUGUGCGUAAACGAGGCAUUAGUGCGGAAGUAUUUGCAAUGAAACAGAAAGGUUUUAAGAAAUAUAAAUUGGACAACAAUAUUAAUAAGGAGGAGUCAGUUAAUGAUUUCAAAAGCCCACCAACUGAUUUAUAUGAAUCCGACAGUGGAAAGCAAUUUAAUGAAAUUGUGGCAAACACUUCAGAGCAGAGUGAAUGUGUAGAGUCACAAGAAAGCUUAAAACUACCGACAAGCCGAGCUCAACGUUUGGCUAAUCGCAAACAAAGUACAAGUACAAGUACAAGUAAACAAGAGAGUACUAUUGAAAAUAAUAAUCCUGUUCAAGUGCAGAAAGAGAGUAAAGAAAAUGAAUUAAAAUCUGAGGAAACCUCUAAUAAACCCUCUGAAGUUAUAAAAAUAGAUUUGUGUGGUUUAAAGCCAUCAGACAUAGAUGAGAAUAAGCAAGUAAAUAAUAAAAAUGUGAUUCAACCAGAUUUGAAUGAGAAACCAAUUAAUACAGUUCCAAAACUUAGGGGUAAGAAAUCUGGAACAAAUUAUGAUCCAAAUUAUAUAGAUCCAAACGCGACAUGUUGCACAAAAAACCAAGAAAAUUUGAAUGAACCAACUGUCACGGAAUCUGGAGAGAAAAAUAUUUCGGAAAAACAUACUGUAACUGAUACAACUGGCACAACUAAUCAAACUACUGAAGAUCAAAGUCAAGAUAUUCCUGUUAUUAAAAAUCAAAAUAUUAGCUCUAUAGAUAAAGAAAAAGAAAAAGAAACUGAAAUUAAAAAUGUUAAUACGGCAUUAGAUAAUGAUGAAAAAUUUUUGGAAGCGGUAGCGAAAAAAACUAAAAAGACACUGUUUCCCGAAAUAAGCAUAACAAAUAAAUGCGAUGAAGUUGCUAAUAAUGAUUUAUCACACUCAAAAGAUACCAAAACGGAUAUAGAAUGUGACCAAAAAGUAGCACAAGUAGAAAAUGUGGAGCAAAAUAAUAUAGAUGAAAGCAAACCGAAUUCGGAAAGCAAAACUUUUGUUAGCUCAACUACAAUAGAUUUAAGUAGUGCUAGUAGUAGUAGUGCUAGUGUUAGUAGUGCUAGUGUUAGUAGUGCUAUACCUGCAGACGAAUCAGUGACUAAAACUGAAAUUCAGGUAACUACUAAUAGAGAGCAGUCGGUAAUUUCGCAAACUGAGAAUGAAAGUAAUACUUUAUGUAAUCAAAAAGUAACCAAGGAAGAUGUUUUACCUUCGCAAAAAAUGGUAGCAGAAACUUCAGAUAUAAAAGAAGCAAAGAUAGAACAACCAGUUAAUGAAAAGAACCCAAAAUUGGAGAACACUGAAAAUUCAAAUGUUUUGGAUACAAAAAAUAAUAAUAAUAACGGUUCAAAAAACUUGGAUUUUAAUUUAAACGAAAAUGUAACAGAUAAAAAAAAUGAAAGUAUUGUUGAAAACAAAAGUAUUGCCGAAUUUGAAAAAUUAUCUAAAAGAAAAAGCACGGAAACUUCCGCAAAUACUCCCAUGUCAACUGCUAUUAUUUCGAACGAUAAUAUCAUAAAAAAUGAUACAAAUGAAAUUAGUAAUAAAUCUUGUAAAUCAGAGGAAAAAGUUAUAGAAAAAUUGAUCGAAACUAAUCAAACGCAAACGCAAACGCAACAGCAACAAUUACAAUCACAAAGUUUUUGCGGAAGUAUAAAUAAGAAAAAUCAAAUGAAAAUAAAAUCGUCUCCGGAUUCGACACUAAAUAAUAAACAGCAGCAUAUGGAAAAAAUGGAAAAUGAUAUUGAGAAAACAUAUAAAGAAAAACAGAGAAUAUCUGUGGCAACAUCUGCUGUAAAAAUUAAAGAGGAAGAAAAAAAUAUACAAAAUGUGUCAGCAUUACCACUCGACCCAUCAUUAAUAUCUGUUCAUGAAAAAAUGCAAUUAAAACCUGCUGAACAUACACAAAUACCUAAUUCAAUGGAUCUUAACAAAAUAACGCCUCCAUUUCAAUUAAAUCAGAUUCCAAAUUAUCCUACUUCACAAUAUUGGCAAUGGGAUUAUUACAGUUAUAAUUUUUCGCAUUUAGAAGCGACCACUCAAAAAAAUCAAAAUAAAUUUCAUAAGAAUUUAGCAACGCAGAUGGCAUAUGGACACAAUUUUACACAAAAUUUGUAUCCAUCUCCAAAUUUGGCAAUACAACAUCAUGCACAUCAACACAUGCAACAGCAUGUUAAAGAUAAACAUAGAACGGAUAAGAAAACUAAUAACUAUAAAAAAGAGGAUGGCCAUAAGGGGGUUGGUAAUGGGAAUUUAAAUGCUUUAAUGCAGGAAGAAUCUCAUGCAUGUGGUUUUGCAGAGAAUCAAACGUAUAAUCAAAAAAAUGCAUCACAAUCAAAAUCUUAUAAAGAUCAAUCACAACAUGUUAAAUCUUUGAAUUUACUACAAGAUGCUAAUACUAAAUUCUAUAAUUCAGCCUCAGCGCUUUUACCAUCAUCUUCGAUUCAAAAUAUACUUGCAGCUCAAGCAAUUUCGCAAAAAUCGAAAGAGUCAAAUAUAAGUCCAAUUCCAGUUUCAACAGAUGAGUCUAAAUCAAAAUUAUUACACCAACAACCAGUGGUUUACAACAGUGAGCAAUCUAAUAAUAAUUCUAACAUGCAUAACUAUGAAUGCGGUAUGAAUGUACAGAUGAGCAUUGAUUCCCCUGCAAGUAUUGGAAGUGAUGUUACACAAGGUUCUGUUGAAGCAUUGCCAGCAUCCAAUAUACAAAUGCAUCAGACACAACAAUUUCCCGAUUGCUCCAUGCACAAUCAAUCGUCAAGUACACCCAUGCAUAUGGCAAUUCAUACAUCUAACGUUCAACAACAGCAACAAGCUGGUAUAAAUAUGAACUUGCCAACAGCAACUCAAAACAUCAAUAUUCUAAAUAAUGCUCAGCACUCUCAACAACACAGAAAAGUUUCUGCACAGAGUGAAAUUGUUACCAGUGUCUCAAAUUCUACUCAGCGGUCGUCUCCUUCAAAGUUAAUUCGUAAUGUCAACACGUCGACUAGUAAUCAAUAUCGUGUUGCUAAAAAUGGCUCAUCAGGCAAUUCGUCAUCGUCUUCAGUUACGCAACAACAGGGUUUAAAUAAUCAUCAAAGUGUCUCACAGGCACACCAGGAGCAAAUGCAUAAUAUGCAGUUUUCACAACUAGGAGAUCAACAUGGACACAAUCAGAACAUGCAACAUGUAGAUUAUAUUUCAUUACCACAACUAAGUCAAAAUUAUGCCGGCAAUUCUUCGUCAUCAUAUGAUUUAGUUUCGAUGCCUGCAGUUUUACAGCAACGUAUGACACACCCUAUUUCCAGUCCACACCAACGACAAGACCAAUCACCAUCAGCAUGUGCAGUUAAUAAUCUCUAUUUGCAAAAUAAUGUUAACUCAAAUCAUGCAAUUAGUACUCCUUCUCGUAUACAAGAAUCUGUUUCGUCGUCCUCUACAAUUUCAUCUGGGGUAUCUUCAACAUCAGCCAAUAGCGACCAGCAAUUGUCAAAUAACUCAUCCGAUACAAUGACCAGUGCAAGUAAUUCGGGUGAGACAUCCACUUUAGUUGGAAAUCUAUGCAGUCUGUCUAAGUUACAGCAAUUAACAAAUGGUUUAGAUGUACAACCGUGCAACACUUCUCCAGCAGGUCAAGUUAAUUUGACACCACCACCUCAUCAUCCAUUGCCGCAUAACUCGAUGACACCACCACCGCAUUUAUUAGUAACGCAGAAUAGAAAUAUUACUACACCCCCAAAUAUGUUACAGAGUCAAAUGACAUCUCUGCAGUAUCACAAGUAUUAUUCCACCAAUAUGAAUAUAGGUCAAAUUUCAGGAGCACCUACACAAAAUGUUAGCAGAACUACACGUAACACACCUUCUGCGCCAGUUCAACAUAUAUCUGCUGCUGCUUCCUCAGCUUCAUCAUCGAGCCGUACGACAAAUGUACAUAUUAGUCCAAAUUUAAUGACACCGUAUAGUGCAAUUAAUGGCUAUAGAAUGUCAAGUCAACAGUCUGGUGCGACAUCUGGCUAUGUAUCGGCUAGUGAAUAUCCAAAUUCUCAAAUACCAAUGCAAAUGGGUGUUAUGAAUAUGCAGACACAAUUCCAAGAUGCUUGUGCACUCCAACGCGCGCAGCAGAAUCAGAUGUAUUCAACGUACUCACCUUAUAUUCCACUAAAUGGAUCUAUACGAAGAUAAAUUGUAAUCAUUUUAUAAUUAAAAAUUGUUUUAUUUGUAGUUAUAAUUAACAUGUAUAUAUUAUAUAUCUCAGUGUUA